UUACUGAUUUUCAGUAAAAUGCGUUUUACUGAAAAGCAUUCAGUAAAUUGUUUUGCUGAAAGUCCGUAAAAACAUGACAUUCAUGCUGAAAACCAGUAAAAUAUUCUAUUACUGAACCGUUUCAGUAAAAAACUUUACUGAAGCCGGAUGGGAAAAUUUGCUGUGUAGAUGGUUUUCUAAUUUUUGAUCAUAGAUGCCUAAGAAAUGAGUGAAAAUGAGCGUCGCGACGAACGUUCCCAGGAACGAACGAGUUCACCGGUACGCCUGAAUUGUUUCAAUAAAUCGUAUUAAUACUUUGUAUUUUUAUUUUGAAACCCCUGUAACAUCAAACUUGUUAGAAACAACAUAUUUACGAAAACUCUAGCUCCUUAAACCGGUUUUCAAAAGUAGCUUUAGGUUUUAGGUGAAAACUACAGUGGCCAUUUGAAGUGCUAAUGAACCGCCUUUAAUUUUAAGCUGUGUAUUUGAUUCAGCUUGGAGCGCUAAAAUGCAACAACCUUCGCUAAACCAGUUACAGCAUUGUUAAGGAGCAGCAGGUUUUACGUAAAAAAAAGAGAAAAAUCAAAGCAUCCACAAAUUCUAUCCAACAAGAUACCCACAUUCUUGUGUGAACUUCCGUUUGAUGAAGAUGAUAGGCAUACCAGUGAUGUUACGUUGUGUGUUAGCUUGUAUUUUGGUAUUCUUUCUAGAUUCUAUUACGACUGAUGAUCGCUCGCUGAUGCUACCAUACGAAAGAACAUCGAUCGAUGAUUGUCAUGAGCGAUUCUUCAAACAGAAAAAAAUCAAACCGAUAGCUGAAGUAUUUCAUGGCAUUACCGCGAACUUGGACGAUUUUUCGCAUAUCGCAGCCAUCGGAUGGAAAAACGACGAUCGCACUAGAACAAAAUGGUUAUGUGGAGGAUCAUUGAUCAGGGAAAACUUCAUCCUCACCGCGGCUCACUGUACAGCUGACGAAAACAAUACGCCUCCUGAUGUAGCUCGUAUGGGAGAUCUUAACAUCUACAGCAACGCAGAUAAUGAGUAUGCACAAGAGUUGAAAAUAGUAGACGUUAUUCGUCAUCCAAAUUAUAAAUUUACCUCUUCAUACUAUGAUAUUGCGCUAAUGAAGCUAGAGCGAAACGUCAGCGUAACGAGAUAUGUAAUACCAACCUGUCUUUGGCUGGAAGAUGAAAUACGGUUUCCUAAUUUGAUGGCGGCUGGCUGGGGCAGAACAGGAUUCAGUGAAAAUACAUCGGAAAUUCUCAUGAAAGUACAACUAUCUCCUGUGCGUGAAGAUAAGUGUUUGAAACACUAUCGUAAGGGUGAUUAUAAGUAUCGCAACGGACUGUUGGAUCAUCAGCUGUGUGCUGGUGACGAAGAAAUGGAUACAUGUCCAGGAGAUUCUGGAGGACCUCUGCACGUAAUGCUUUUGAAGGAUAAGAAGUUAGUCCCAUUCUUAGUUGGAGUAACAUCCUUUGGAAAGAUAUGUGGUGUGCCAGCGCCGGGUGUGUACAUUAAAGUGUCCAAAUUCGGAGACUGGAUUAUAGAAACUCUUCAACGUUAUGGUGAGAUGGCCACGCGUUUGAAGUUCGACCCAAUGAUAUGUUCUGAUCGGUAUUACGAAGAGCGUGAAGACGACAAGAUUUUCGGAUUUUCACCAAAGGGAAAUGUGUUGCUCCCCUAUAUUGAAUUAUAUACAGCUCAGCAAACCAGUAGCUCCCUAAUCCGUUUCGGAUGGCCGCAUGAAGUUAGUCCAGGCAAUAGAAACUGCUCUGGAACAUUGAUAGAACCCAAUGUGGUGUUAACUUUAGCGGAAUGUGUCUUUCACAUGGGAUCAUACCCAACGCAAGUUGUAUUAAAAAACAGAAAUAUAAUAGACAUUGCGGAAAUCAUCGUCCACCCGUUGUACAAUUCCUCCAUUUCACCGUACUACAACAACAUCGCUGUGGUGAAACUCAAAUCGUUUGCUCCGGUUGAACCAUCUUGUGCGUGGUAUGGAAAUCCCAACCGUAAUAAAAAAUUGUUAGUAACGGGACAACGUCGCGAAUCGGACGAACAUUAUGGCAAACCAAGAGUUUCCACACUCAUGGCGAGCGUUCGAGAACGUUCGUCAAAGCAAUGUCUACUGACUCAACAAUACUUAGAUUCACUUCCACGUGAUUUGGAAGACGAGCAUCUGUGCUAUGAGAAUGAUCCUUUCAUUGUACCUGGUUCGUGUGACACAUUGAAAGGAAGCCCAAUCGAAAGAAACGAUGGCAUUGAUUACUACCACCUUUUUGCCUUUAGUUUUAAUACAACUUUCGUUUAUAUCGAUGGAAUUAGCUUAUUUGGACGCGAUUGUGGUUAUGGUGAACCGGCGGUAGGGGUCAGGAUCAGCGCACACAAAGCAUGGCUUGAGUCUGUAUUGCUCCCUCGCCCAGAGUAUCAGCGUCUUGUGUACAUUGAUCCUGAUCGGAAGCUCUUAGACGACUGCAUGUAUACGGAUCGAACAAAAGGAACUUGCGUGAGAGAACAGGACUGUCCAGCCAUUCACGCACGGCUGCAGAACAAACAACAGAUUUCCUUCUGCUCAAAUGGGACUGUCGUUUGUUGUCCUAACAAAGCUAUUGAUCCUCGAAAAAUGGCAAUAGAAAACGAAUUCAACGAGUGUGAGGAGCGCUAUAGUCACUUAAGAACAACAAACCAGGACGAAGCUUCCCAUGCCGUUGAGAUAGGAUGGCAAAAUGAUCGCAACACAACGUAUGGAUGCUACGGAUACCUUAUCAGCACUCGUGGUGUUGUUUCGUCGGCAUCUUGUUUGCUAGAAAAAGGUGUUCUACCAAACAUUGUCCGAAUAGGAGGAAUGAAGUCUUUAAAUGAAUCAAGCAUUAUUCGUGUUGAGAAUAUAGCCAUUCAUCCUAACUAUAAUGCAAAAUCGAUAGCGCAUAAUAUUGCAGUAGUAAAACUGGAAUUGGCCGUCGAUCCGACGGCAAAUAUAUUUCCCACGUGUCUUUGGCAGAACAUCACCCACUCACCCGUCGAGCUAAUGGUGUUGGAUUUUGCUUCUAAUAAAAGUGACCCUAUUCAUCCGAUGUACAAAAGCGAUUGUGAGGCUCUUUUGAAUCGUUCAUUCAAUCAAUCGGAAAUGAUCUGCCUGAAACCUGGAUAUGAGCCGUACUAUGCAAUUAAAAUGCCUAGUGAUUUGCAAGUUUAUUACGAACAUCCCGAAAGUCCAAGUAUCUGCUACAAUGCAGGAAGUCCCAUUGUGUGGAGAAACUCCAUCGAAAAAAACUUGCAUGUGGAGUACUUUGUAAAUCUGUACAGCCAUGGAGAAUGUGGUCCCGAAACUCCCCGCAUAGUGAAUCGUAUUGCAACGUACAUCGAGUGGUUCAAGAUAGUGCUACAGUAAAGGUUACUAUGCUAAUCCGAAAAACCAGUAGAAUAUAGAAAGUCUAAAAUAUUUACGUUUAGCCGAAAAUUUUACAGCAAUAGACAAAUUUAUUAAAAGUAUGAUGAGGUUUGAUAAAGGGACAAUAAAACAUUGACAAUUUAAGCAUUGAAAUUGCAGUGCUAAGUGGAAA